AUGACGACUUAUAACAUUCACCCUCAAGAGUCUCUUGACUAUAACUUCCCAUCCAAAUAUGAAAUAUCGAAUUCUCAUUUAUUGAUACCCAGAGAUAUUUUAUUGCAAAAAUAUUUAAAAUUAGAUGAUAUUCCGAAACCAAGAGCUCCAAUAGUGGUUCUGAAACCUUUAGGUCAUGAUGAUAAAUCUUUCAAUUUGGUUGACCCUUUACAAGAUUUGCUUAAUGAACAAGCCUCAUUUCUCAGUAGUUAUAAACUUCAAUUUCCUACAAAGACAGUGAAAAAGCAAGUCAAAAUAAGAUCGCUGAAAGCAUCCAAGAAAGAGAUCCCCACCACAAAGAAUGAAAGAGGUGUCAAAAGAUCUAGAGUACCCAGUGCUGAAGAACCAGCCAGAAGCAAUGAAAUUAGUCGUCAACAAUCAUCCUCAGUUCAUAAUACCCCCAUUCCAAAUAAAACUAUAUACUUUUCUCCUUCAGGUCCUUCUAAACAGACUUCAACUCCUGUUUCCGUAUUAAAGGAAGUUCAACUAAACAAUCAAAGAUCAAAUAAAAAGAUUUUAAAAUUCGAUAAAGCUUUGGUAUUAAAUAAAGCGGAUAUUGUUCCACAGCCUCAAAUUGAAAACCAACAAUGUGAAGCUGAUGAUUCUGAUUACGAUCAUUUAGCCUGUCAUGCUGAUAAUAUUUUACGUAUGGCAGUAGAUUCUACAAUGUUAGGAUCAACCUUAAAUGGAUCCUUUUCUUCCAUGUCUUCAAAUACAUUUGCCAAUGAUUCAGUAUUAGAAGUUGCUCAUAAGCAAAAAUACCCUGAUUUUCUCACUGACGAAAAUGAUGCUGAUUCUAGUGUAUUAGAAGGAUUAAAAGCAAAAUGGCUUUCUAAUUCAUUAUCUAGAGCAAAAGUUGAAAUAAAUGCCGACGACAUAAAUGCUGCCGUCAAUGGUUAG